CGCUGCUGCUGUUGCCACAAGCAGCUCCGGAGAGGAGGCUGCACUAAAAAUAUUCACCCAUUGACAGACUCCGAGAAGCAGGGCACAUGCUGGCAGGUAUUGAUAGCAACAACAACAGAAGCAACCCCACUAGCAUUGACGGCACUAGAGGCAACCUUAGAGAAACCCCCUGUAGCAUCAUAAGCGCCAGAAGCAACUAUCGGACGCACGCUGAGAGGACUGCCGACAACAGGCAGCCUUUCUAGCGACGUUACCCACCAACAACAGCUCGAAGAUGGGCUGCUCUUCAGGUCGCCAAACCCCGGCGCCGGUACUUCACCCGGACUUGGACUGUGGGAAUGGCAGCGAGGCCAACAGCUUACCGCAGGACUCUGAGAACCAGAACCAGGCUUUGAAUGGCUUCAGGGAAGGAGAACCCAGACUUCCAGAGACUCUCCCCACGCUGGAGAGACUUGCCCAGGCUACAGGCGGGACAGAAAAGUCCUGGUACCGUUGUGUGUUCCCGUUCGGCGUGAUUUCGCUGGUGAUCGGCAUGGCGGGCACCGGGGUGACGUUCACUUUUAACACGCUGCUCCAGACCAAAGUGGUGUCGGUGGCUCUGCUGUGUGCGGGCGUAGUGAUGCUGCUCGUGGCGGCCGUUUGCUGGAGGGCCCACAGACUGAGGAAGAGGAAAAAGAAGGAGAGUGGAUUCUUCACCGCUGAUCAGGGCACUUUGUGAUGGAGGGUAGACUUCCAGUCAGAUCCUUUUCUUUGUCAGGACGGAGCACUUCAAGUUGGACUGUUUGAAAGAGAACUGAGAAAGAAGAAUUUGAUGUAGAGAAAUCAAUGCUUUUCUGCUAUGCACUAGCACAGUGAUAAAGAUAUGUUUAUUCAGAAAAGGCAAGUUUAUCAUCAUUACCAUCUUGAACAGAAACAAAGUGUUGUGUCUAGAUGGCAACCCUAACCCUACAUUUGCAAAGAAAUUGGCGAAAACUCAUAAAACUCUCAUAAAACUCUAUUCUAACCAUAAAGAUUCAAAACCAAUGCGUAACCUUGAACAUUCUUGCAAAAUCAAAGGUUACCACCUAGACAUGAUUGAUUGCCAGGGUCAAUUGUACGCCCCUCUAAAAACUCCCCUUCUCCUGUUCUGCCUCCGUGUUUCUCAGUUAUGGAUUAACUUUAAUAGUGAGUGGAGCCCAAAGCACAUUAUUGAUUAUCGCUCCGAGGAUUCUUGUGUCAGAACAAUGUGGCACCUCAGGAAUAGUUAUAUACCAAUGGUUAUUUAUCUGCAGGCAAAGCAAAAUACGCCUAUGUUUUGCUGGUUAAACUGGGCAAUAGGCAUAUAUGGGGACAUCGUUUUUCCAACCAAGGUUAUCAUAAUAGUAAAAAGAGCUCAGGACCACAAGUUCAUUCUGAUAAAACCCAGCCUGGAUGUAGAGGAUUUUUCCUUCCCUGCACAAACCACAGUCUAGUUGCCCUUUUGCACGUAGGCCACUUAUUCUCAAACUGCUUCAGUGCACUCAUUAGUUGAAAGUGCAGGCAAAAUAACGCUAGAAACAGCGAGCACACCCAGAGUGAAUAAUUCUACACAUGCACUCUCUCGUUUAUGUUUCCACCUGCACUCCAAUUUUGUAUUACGAGACACAAAGGUCAACACUUUUCUUUUCCUUCCUGCCACCAAGCUUUGUGGCGCAAAAACCAUAACCCAGCUGUGCCAGAUCAAUAGAAAAGCCCCACUACAUGGAGUCUUAAGCUUCAGAGGUAAUGGACUGUAAGUCGCUGCACAUGAAAUUGCUCUCCACAGUCUUGGACUUGACGUAGAUGACUUGUACGUUGGAUGACAAGGAAAUCCCAUUAAAGGCAUGCUUCAGUGAACACACACCAACAAAGAAACAGAAUGGCCUGAAUACGCUUUUCGCCUCAUGCUGAGCUAACCAGAGGGAACACCACUUGACAUUUCCUUGUGAGCAUUGAUGGAAAAUCCGUUUAUUUCUUCUUUUUAUCCGCUGCUCUCCCAUGAAGGAUUUACACUUUAGUUUAUACAGUAUAGGCGACUGGAUAUGAGAAAUAGGCAUUGAGUUCAAUCCUAGCCGGGUGCAGGGAGGAUUAACUUGUCAUUCCUCAUGUUUGAGGUUAGCUGUAUCACAGGGUGGUAGCUAUUGUGUCUUAAUGCCUUUGUCCUGGAUAUAGUCCUUUCUUGAACACCAUACACUAGAAUCAGAUGACUGUAAAGAUCAAUAUCAAUGUGUUUUGAAGCAACUAUAGCUAUCAGAUGGUUCUUUGUAAAGCAAAAACGUAGUUGUGGAUAAAAAAUGUAGCAGUGUGUUACCCACAGUAACUAUGAUGUGUAUGGUCUUUAGCACCAGGUGAGUGUUAAAGGAAACCCAGCAGCUUAUUGUCAGCUCUAGCGAUGUAUUUGUAUUUGUUAAUGAUAUUUGAUUUCUAACUCUUUGAUAAACUGUUUACUGGACAUCACACGUGGUUCGAGUUUCUUCUGCAUGGAGUUGCAACGACAGCAACCAUGCAACCUGUUCUCCUGAAAUUAGUACGUUUCCAUACAAUCAAACUGCAUUGUCUAAUUAAUACAUCUAAAAGAAAAACAUAUUUUCUCCAGGAGUUUGUUUGAUUCUGACGUUUUACAAAUAUAUUUCUAACAUAAGCAGGGAGAAGGUUUGGGUGGUUCGGUCAAAGGAACAUCAAAACUUCUGAUGUUCGUGACCCUUUUUUUAAGUUACAUAAUGCAAGUUAAAGGUGGGGUAGGUAAGUUUGAGAAACCGGCUCGAGAUACACUUUUUGUUAUAUUCCAUGGAAUGCUCUUAACAUCCCGAUA